AUGCUGGGUACUCUGGGACUUUGGGCACUGCUUCCCGCAGCUGUGCAAGCACCCCCAAGCAGGCGGACCUGUGUGUUCUUUGAGGCCCCCGGAGUGCGGGGAAGCACAAAGACGCUGGGGAAGCUGCUAGAUGCAAGACCAGGGCCUCCGCGGGUUAUCCGCUGCCUCUACAGCCGCUGCUGCUUUGGGAUCUGGAACCUGACCCAAGACCAGGCACAGGUGGAAAUGCAAGGAUGCCGAGACAGUGAUGAGCCAGGCUGUGAGUCCCCCCACUGUGACCCGAGCCCCAGAGCUCAGCCCAGCUCCAGCUCCAUUCUCUUCACCUGCUCCUGUGGCACUGACUUCUGCAAUGCCAAUUACAGCCAUCUGCCUCCUCUGGGGAGCCCUGGGACUCCUGGUUCCCAGGGUCCCCAGGUCAUCUCAGGCGAGUCCACCUGGAUGGUGCUGGUGCUGCUGGGUCUGUUUCUCCUCCUGCUGCUGCUGGGCAGCAUCAUCUUGGCCCUACUACAGCGAAAGGCCUGCAGAGUGAGAGGUGGGCCAGAGCCAGAGCCAGAGCCAGACUCAGGCAGGAACUGGAAUGCGGAGCUGCCUGAGCUGCCUGAACUGUGCUUCUCCCAGGUAAUCCGAGAAGGAGGUCAUGCAGUAGUGUGGUCUGGGCAGCUUCAAGGCGAGCUGGUAGCCAUCAAGGUCUUCCCCCUGAGGGCAGUAGCCCAGUUCCAAGCUGAGAGAGCAUUGUAUGAGCUGCCAGGCCUACAGCAUGACCACAUUGUUCGCUUUAUCACUGCCAGCAAGGGGGCCCCUGGGUCCUUGCACUGUGGGCCCCUGCUGGUAUUGGAACUGCAUCCCAAGGGUUCCCUGUGCCACUACUUGACCCAGUACACCAAUGACUGGGGAAGUUCCCUGCGGAUGGCACUGUCCCUGGCACAGGGUCUGGCAUUUCUCCAUGAAGAGCGCUGGCAGGAUGGCCAGUAUAAACCAGGUAUUGCCCACCGAGAUCUGAGCAGCCAAAAUGUACUUAUUAGGGAGGAUGGGUCAUGUGCCAUUGGAGACCUGGGCCUCGCCUUGGUGCUACCUGGCCUCACUCAGCCCUCCACCUGGGCCCCUACUCAACUCCAAGGCCCAGCUGCCAUCAUGGAGGCUGGCACCCAGAGGUACAUGGCCCCGGAGCUCUUGGACAAGACUCUGGACCUACAGGACUGGGGCACAGCCCUCCGGCGAGCUGAUGUUUAUUCUCUGGCUCUGCUCCUGUGGGAGAUCCUGAGCCGCUGCCCAGAUUUGUGGCCUGACAGCAGACCACCACCCUUUCAACUGGCCUAUGAGGCAGAACUGGGCAGCACCCCCACCACCUGUGAGCUGUGGACCUUGGCAGUAGAGGAGCGAAGACGCCCCUACAUCCCACCUACCUGGCACUGCUUUGCCACAGACCCUGGUGUUCUUAGAGAGCUCCUAGAGGAUUGUUGGGAUGCAGACCCUGAAGCACGGCUGACAGCUGAGUGUGUACAGCAGCGCCUGGCUGCCCUGGCCCAUCCUCAGGAGGCCCACCUCUUCCCAGAGGGCUGUUCAUGUAUCUUCCCACCUCUCUGCCCAGAAGACUGUCUCUCAACUCCUCCCCAUCACCAUUCUCCCUUGUAG